AUGAUUCUGCUACUGGUGCUCCUGUGUCUCAUGGCUAUGCCGCCUCUGUCCACUGGAAAGGAAUCCAAGGGUUUUGCUGCUGUGUCAGCUAGCAGAGCAGAUCAGCAAAAGUUGAUUGUUGACAGACAUAACGCCCUCAGGAGAGGAGUAAAACCAACUGCCAGCAACAUGAUGAAGAUGGAAUGGGAUCCUCUAGCUUCACGGAAUGCUCAAGAUUGGGCCAAUCAAUGUACUUUAAACCACAGUCCUGCUAACGUGAGGAAAACCACUGUACAUUGUGGUGAGAAUCUGUUCAUGUCAUCCGCCCCUUUCUCGUGGACUGGUGUUAUUCAGAGCUGGUAUGAUGAGGAGAAAGAUUUUGAAUAUGGAAUGGGGGCAAAAACAGAAGGUGCUGUGAUUGGCCAUUACACUCAGGUAGUUUGGUACAACACUUACAAAAUAGGAUGCGGUGUCGCUUUUUGUCCCAACAAAGAAUAUAAAUACUUUUAUGUCUGCCAUUACUGCCCCAGUGGGAAUUGGAUAAGUUUAAUGAAGACACCCUACAAAGCAGGAGAACCCUGUGGUGAUUGCCCCAAUGCUUGCGAGAACGGGUUAUGCAAAUCUCCAUCCCACCCUACUGAUGGGCAGUGG